AUGUCAGACCAAGUGAAUUCCUCCAGCUAUCAUUCCAUCGAAACUUUGACUGGAACAAACUACUCCAAGUGGAAACAAGAUCUGGCUAUAUCUUUAGGAUUAUUGGAUUAUGACUAUGUUCUCAAAGAAACUCCUCUCAAAGCACCUGCCACAAAUGCUUCUGCAGAAAUCAAGGCUCGAUAUGUCAAAUGGGAAAAGGCUAACAGGAUGACCAUGUUAAUCAUGCAGAGGGCUAUGGCAUCUUCUGUUAAAGGCAGCAUUCCAAAGACUGAAAGUGCAAAGGAAUAUUAUGAGUUCAUAGCUCAGAGGUUCAAAGUUUCUGAAAAAUCUGCCAAGAGCUCACUGCUGAACAAACUAACUGACAUGAAGUAUGAUGGGCAAGGGUGUGUUAGAGCUCAUAUUAUGAACAUGAUUGACAUUGGGGCAAAACUACAAGAGCUGAACAUGACAGUAGAUGAGGAUAUGAUGGUACAUUUUGCAUUGAACUCUCUGCCCAAGGAUUUUAAAUCCCUUCGAAAUACAUACAUAGCCCAGAAAGAAAGUUGGACACUUAAUGAUCUCAUCACUAUAAGUGUCGAAAUUGAGGACAAUCUGAUAAGAGAAAGGGGAGCUAAGGUGAUAAAUAUGGUUCAAGCAAAGCAGCAUAAGUGGAACAAAAACUCUGAAACUAGUAAACAGAAAGAAAAGGACAAUUCAAGUGCUCUCAAACCAGUUGGAAACAAAUGCUUCUUCUGCAAGAAAGCUGGACAUAUGAAGAAAGAAUGUAGGAGGUACAAGAGGUGGUUGGACAAACAAAAGGCUAAAGGUAACACUAAUCAGAUCCUAGUUUGUUUUGAAUCAAAUUUAGUUGAUUUUUCUUGUGAUUCAUGGUGGUUAGACAGUGGAGCAUCUAUUCAUGUGACUAAUUCUUUGCAGGGGUUCAUAAGGAAGAGGCCGCCAAGCAAGGAUGAAGUGAAGGUGUUCGUAGGCAAUGGAGAGAAAGUUCAAGUUGAUUUUAUUGGAGUAGUUAGGAUUGAAUUAGUUUUUGGUUUUGUUUUGGAAUUAGAAGAUGUGGUUUAUGUUCCUACUAUGAGGAAGAACCUAAUCUCAGUUGCUAGGCUUGUAAAGUCAAAGUUCACUUUGAACUUUGAAGAUUUUGGUUGUUCUAUUUUCAGAAAUAAAGAAUUAGUUGGAAAAGCAAAUCUUGUUGAUGGCAUGUUUCGAUUAAGUUGCAAAACAAUCAUGGAAAUUAACUCUGUUGAAACUCAAACAAAUAAAGAAGCUUCCUACACUCUAUGGCAUAAAAGACUUGGUCACGUUUCAAAGGAUAGAAUUAAAAUCCUAUGCAAAGAAUUAGUCAUACCACCAUUGAAUCAUAACACAGAAGAAGUAUGCAUUGAAUGUGUAAAAGGAAAACUGACAAAUUAA